AUGGCCUCGUCGUCUUCCUUGGGUCUGGGACAGCAGGCACCGCUGUCCGAGUUUGCCUCUCUCAACUUGAACCUCAGCGACUCUGAAAGCCCCAAAGAACCCAGCGAGCUCGCAGCACAAAGAAUCGCAGACGCACAAGCACUCUUCGGCGCCAAGCCCUCCCUCGAAAUCUUCAAGCGUAGCUGGAGCCCCGAUGCCAUCUUCGAGGACCCCAUCGCGCACUGCCGUGGAUGGCGUCAGUACGCUGCGCAGUGGUGGGGCAUGAAGGUUUUCAGCACGUCGGUCACUAAGGCAUGGCGCAUCACCAAGGAUACGCCCCAGGAGAUUCAGUUCGCACAGAAGCAGCACUACGGUAUCAAGCGCUUUGGAUUCGAGAAGACGAUGAUCUCGACUGUAACAAUGAAGCUCGACAAUGAUGGGAGGAUCAUUCACUUCCAAGACGCGUGGGACGGCAAACCUAUGCCUGGAUUCUGGGCUACGCCCUUCCGUCGCGCCAAUGCUCUCAGCCUGCCCUUCUUCAUGAGUGCUCCAGCUCAGCAUCCAGACCAAGGAGGCACCACUCAGGAGUCGCACAAGGAGCUCUGA